AUGACACCUGUUGAAAGAAAUUUUGAUGAGAUCAAUGAGCAGCUUCGGGUUCCUGAGAACAAUGCUGGUUACCUAGUUGAGGAACUAAAAAAUGAUUCGACUCACACUACGUUGAACCGUGUGGAGGAGCCGUUUAUCAAUGGCAGCAAUGUAGUGGAUCGUGAGGGCAACGAUAGCCACAGAGAAAAGCUCCUGUCAGUUACUGAGAAGGACGCCGACCUUGAUGAUGUGCUGAAGGUGUUGCAUGCCCUGCAAGUUACCUGCCAGAGUCGCCCUCUCGUUGAGACAGAGGAACUAGGAAAGACAUUUGCCAAGUUCCUGAUAGCCCUAAAGAACUAUACAGUGUUUCAUGCACUUGAAAGGAAGAAACCUUCAGCAAAGCGACUAUUGUGGGUGUGCGAAAAUGAAUGCGGAGGAAUCGCUGACAGGAUAAAGGGCAUUGCUUAUGCUCUCAUGCUAGCCAUGUUUUCGCGAAGAGUUUUGCAUCUGGAUUGGGGCACCCAGCAAGGACUUAGUGAGCUGGCAUUCCUGGAGCCGAAUGCCAUUGACUGGCAUCUCAUGCAAGAAGAAAGAGAGAAAGCAUACUUACAAGACAAUCACCAUUUUUACAUAAAAUGUGCAGCCAGAAAUGGAGUUGCUAAAAACUUGCGCAAAUUGCUGGAAGCUACGAAGAAGGAAAGUGUACAAUGGGUUGCUGUGACUACUAACACUACCCCCUGGUACCCUUGCAAAGACAGUAGGAUACAAAUGGAUCAAUAA